GCGCUUCCAAACGCCACUCCGCCGGUAGGGCUCGUUGCGAGCGGACGUCUCUCGCGUCGCGUCCCGAACGUUCUAUCGUAAACAAUCACGCGUUAGUAAUAAAUUAAAAUUAAUUAUUGCACAGUGUAAACGUGACUUUAAAAAAUCGUGUACUCGUGUUUCGUGAGUGGACAUGUUCUGAUAUUGAAUUUGGAUUUUUUUUUUGGAAGUUUUUUUUUUUUGGAAAUUUUGACAAAUGAUGGGUGUUAACAGUUGUAUCAGCGUGCGGCAGAUUAGAGCGCCAUGCCACUGCCCCGCUUGCCCCAGGGCCUCGGGUCACGGGGUUCACAUGCCCCCCCAGACCCUGGUGCUGCCCCCUAUGGCUCUGGAGCCGGAGACCACUCCUGUUAAAGACAAAAAGGGCUCCAAAAUGAAAGUACUGAAGAAAAUCAAGAAAAAAAUUGGCUUAGCGCCGCGCGGAGGCUGCGCGGGCGGCGCGCCCAACAACCUGCCGCCGCUGAGCUUCCACCGCGUGCACGGCGACAACGUGCGCGUGUCGCGCGACGGGCUCACGGCGCGCCGUGUCGAGUCCUUCUGCAAGGGCGUGGCGUUCAGCGCGCGGCCGGUGCGCGUGGGCGAGCGCGUGCUGCUGCGCUUCGCCGACGUGUCGUCUGCGUGGAGCGGCGUGCUGCGCUUCGGCUUCACGGCGCACGACCCCGCCGCGCUGCCCGCGCUGCCCAAGUACGCCUGCCCCGACCUCACCGCGCGCCCCGGCCACUGGGCCAAGGCGCUCGCCGAGCGCUUCUGUGAGAAGGACGCCGUGCUGCACUACUACGUGACGGCGGCGGGCGACGUGCACUUCGGCAUCAACGGCGAGGAGCUGGGCGUGUUCCUGUCGGGCGUGGAGGUGCGCGAGCCGCUGUGGGCGCUGCUGGACGUGUACGGCAACUGCACGGCCGUGGCGCUGGAGGACGCGCGCGCGCGCGACGCGCUGGCGGCGGGGCUCCGCGCGCUGGCGAUCGCGGAGCCCUCGCCCGCGCCGGCGUCCACGCCGCAGCCGCUGGCGCUGCACCGCACGCGCGGGCGGCACGUGGUGCUGGGCGCGGCCGGCGAGGCGGCGCGCGCGCCCGGCGAGUUCUGCCAGGGCUACGUGUUCUCCGCGCGCCCGCUGCGCGCCGGGCAGACGCUGCUCAUACAGAUCCUGGCCACCGAGCCGGCGUACGCGGGCAGCCUGGCGGUGGGCCUGACGUCGUGCGACCCGGGCUCGCUGCGCGCGGGCGCGCUGCCCGACGACGCGGAGCAGCUGCUGGACCGGCCGGAGUACUGGGUGGUGCGGCGCGACGCGGCGGCCGGGCUGCGGCGCGGCGACGAGCUGUGCGUGGCGCUGUCGGCGGCGGGCGAGGUGCGCCUGUCGCGCAACGGCGCGCCGGCGCACGUGCUGCACGUGGACCACUCGCUGCGCCUGUGGGCCUUCGUCGACGUGUACGGCGCCACGCAGCGCGUGCGCCUGCUCACCACCGCCCCGCCCGCCCCGCCGCCCGCGCCCGCCGUGCUGGUGGUCAGCCUGCCGCCGCCGCCCGCCGGCGCGCACUACGCGGAGCCGAUCCAGAGCUCCUGCCUGUCGGCGAGCGCGCUGCCGGCGCCGCGCCGCGAGCUGUGCGCCUCCAGCAGCCAGAACAGCUGCAACGAGCAGCUGCUGCCGCCUGGCAGCAUGAGCGCAAUCACCAGCAUGCCCAGCAGUAUGGCGGGCAGCAUGGCGGGCAGUAUGGCCGGUAGUAUGGCCGGCAGUAUGGCGGGCGGCAUGGCGGGCGGCCUGGCGGGCGGCAUGGCGGGUGGCAUGGCGGGCGCGGAGUGCACGGUGUGCUACGAGGCGCCGGUGGACAGCGUGCUGUACAUGUGCGGGCACAUGUGCAUGUGCUACCGCUGCGCCGUGCAGCAGUGGCGCGGCAAGGGCGGCGGCCAGUGCCCGCUGUGCCGCGCGCAGAUCAAGGACGUCAUCCGCACCUACAAGUCGUGAGUGAGCCGUGCCGCAGACCGAGAGGACGGUGUCGUCUGUGACUGACAUUGUUCGUGUUAGUGCCCCUGUUUACGACAACACCGACACUGCACUGCUGUUGUAUCUGUUGCGCGCUCGGUGCUUGUCAGUCUCACUUUUGACAGUGACAGUUCAAGAUUUGUCGAAGAAUCUGUUUGGUGGUGUCUAUGUCUGGAACUUGAACCACAGAUAAGAAUCAAAAAUGUGACUGACAUUGUUUGUGUUAAUGUCCUUGUUUACUACAACACCUACAAUGUACUGCUGUUCUGUCUGUUGCGUGUAAUUGUCUAUCACUUUUGACAGUGACAGUUCAAUUUAGAAUUUAUGGAAGGCUGAAUGUGAUAUAUAUACGUAAUGAGGAGGUUGUGCGUUUGUCUGUCACUGUCAGAUUACAUGUUUUUCAACGAAAUUAAAUAGUUAGUGAAGUAAUUGACAAUAGACCUGGUUUUUUUUAUUACUGAGAAAUAUGAGAAUAAAAGAAUGUUUUAGUAAUUGAUUUGUCCAUUAAUGUCAAUUAAAAUUAUGCCUUUAAAUUUCAUUUGACAGUUUUUCAGUAGAAAUUUUAGUUUAACAGUUGAAAGGAAGUAAAUGACACUGACAUUGACAGCUCCGUGCGGGAAUCGUGUAUGAGUGUGAGACAUGGUGUUGUGUGGAAGUACUUAGCGGUUAAGAUUAUAAAUAUGCCAAAAAUACCCUCUGAAGCAGAUUGAAUUGACGUAAAAUAAUAAUAAUAUAAUUAAUUAUUAAUGAAGAGUCCCCAAAAACGCUUGUAAAUAUUAAAUGAUAGUUAAAUUUAAUUUUUAGGUUAAUUGUACAUAUUGAACCAAUACACUUAAUUUUGACAUUAAUUUAAUUAUAAGGGCGGUGACAUACUCAAAACACGCGACAAUAACUUGACAGGUUUUGUGUCAAAUAAAAAAAAUAUCUGUGCGCCUCGCGUGUUAUAAGUGUGUCACCACUUUAAUAUACUUAACAAUAUGGGCUGUUACACUUGGAAUGUAGGAUUAUUAUCACUAGUGUGUAAUGUAUUAUAUGUUGCCUUCAUCCAAUAUAGUAAAUAAUAUAUACUUUGUAUGUUAAGUUGACUAGUACUCGAUGACUGCGCUCUUUUACAUUUAACCUAAUUACAUGACAUUUUAAUGACAUUUGUAGCCAGAGCCACACUCAAAGACAUGCCGCGCGUUUCUUCAAAUCAAAUAAAGCAUGAUUUAUCCAAAAUUAAAACAGAAAAAUACAACUGAAUUAGAUGUAAAAAAAUAUAUUUUCAAUAACAUAACUAUGACUGAAUAUUUAAUUUUUUAUUUUUUAUUAUUUAUAACAUAAGGCAAAUAUUCUUAAAAAUAUAUCAAAAAUUUUAACAGUACUGGAUCUCCAUAAAUUAUGACACUAGCAGAAUUAUCAAGUACUUUUUUCGAUUGAAUAUGAUGUGAUUUGAUCGCGCGGCGUGUUUAGAGUGUGUUUGCAGCUUUAUCGCAAUCGAAUUAUUUUCAACUGUAGUAUCAGCUACUAAAAUAUAUCAUAACUUGACAAUACAGCCGUUUUGUGACUUUAUAUAGUCUAUAUUGUCUAUUCUAGUGACACUGCAACAAUAUUUAUGACAGGAUGACUUGAAAUAAUUAUUACACGUUUGUAAGUAGAAAGACAUUUGCGUAUCAUUACUGUUAAUUAUAUACAUAUAAAAUAAAUUUAAUGGUAGUCUGUGUCGCGGGUGUAAGUUUUUAUAUUUUAAUGUCAAAAUCUGUCAAAAACUUACACUCUGGGUACUGUGAUCCUUAUUAUGUAUGACGUAAAGUGUUAUGAUUUGUGUAAAUAUGUUAAAAUUUGAGAGUAAAUAGGUUUUUGUGUCAUACAUAAUCGGGGUCACAAAUAUCAUAUCAAUAUACAUAGCAUUUUGUACAUCGAAAUUUGACAUGUCAUGUAUAAUCUCAUAUCAAUAUUAGUGUACUUACUAAAUUUUGACAGAAACUGUAAAGGGCUGUAGUAUUUGCUAGUUGUAUGGAGAAGUCGUUCCUAAACUGUAGGACUUGUGUAGAAGGGAUUGCACGAUGAAAUUUCCACAGACAAUUUUUUAUUCAAUUUUACAUGAAAAAAGUAUAAAAAUCACAAAAAUUUAAUAAAAAUGUUUAUCAAAAAAAAACAAGCAAAAUAAAAAACUUAAAAAAAAUUAACCGAAUACUAAAUAUAUGAAUUUUUACAACUUUAAAAAGUUGUCUUUCAGUGUACUCUGUACCAUAGACACGUAGAAGCAAAUUGUCUCUUAUUUCUAAACAUUGAAGGGUCAUUUAAUUAUCACUAAUAAUAUAGAUUUUAAAAUGCUACGUAUUACCACUGCCAUAUCUCAAUAUUGAGACAUGUCUAUCAAUAUUGUAUGUCAAAAUUGAUUUUUUUUUAGAAUUUUAUAUAAAACUUUGCAGAAUAAUUGAUUAAUUUUUAAUUCUAAAAAUAUUUUAAAUCCAUCCUCUUUUUAUGAUGAUCUUAAAAAGAUUUUUUUUAUUUUACUCAAAAGAACUUGUAUUUUGAGUCCAAAAUAAAACACAAUUAAUUAAUUAUCAGUGUUAGAAAUGACACAUCCUGUAUAAAUGUUCGUGUGCAUCUUGCAAUUCAUUCUAUAUGUAUAUACAUGGUAGGUGCGGAGUCUGUGCGUCCACGACAAGAGAUAUAUAGCGAUAUAUAGGUAACGCAUUUAGUAUUAUUUAGUUGUAAAUAAUUUGCUGUACCGAGUGAGUGUGACCAACAAACACGAGUAUUUUUGCCCAUUUUAUUAUUUCUAUGUUUAAUUAAACUCAGUUUAGUUGUUACAAUAAUAAUAACAAUAUAAAUACUUUGCUGGUUGUUCGUCACCUCGCAGUUACCAGAACGCAGGAGUUCCUAUGAAAUGUCUUUUUUAAACGGUUUUCCUUCAAAUGUAAUAUUUCGAAUUGCUAGUACGGACUGGGGACUUACAAUUGUUACAAUAGAAAUGGUUUUUUAAUUUUCUGCACAGGUUGAGGUCAUAGUUAAUAAUAGAAAAAAAAACUAAAUUCUAUUUUAAAAAAAAAGUUCCGACGCACUAUUGGAGUUUACUCUUUCAGAUCAACUGUCUAAAUAGUGUAUGUUGCCCCGCAGCAUACACGCUCGGUGAAAGGUGCGCAGAAUAGGUUGCGCACAAAAAACGCAGCGUUGUCAUUCAUUCAUCGAAUUUUACUGCCCAUAUUUUUUCAUACUGGGGGCUUAUAGGUAUAUGAAAACUCGAUUCUUAAGGAGUAAACUCCAAAAAAAGAAAUCAGUCACACAAAUUAUCUUUCAUAAUAUACUGCAGAAUAUUUCUAUUUCGCAAAGAUCGGACGUUUAGUGAGACCCGGCCCGUACUGGUCGCGCUACGGCGCUGUGUUGCCAGCACUACACGUCUUGCAUCCGAGUGGGGAAAAUCACAACUAUUAUUAUAAACUAUUUUGUAUUGCAGUAUUUUACCAAAAGCUUAAACAUAAAUUAAUUUCCAAUUGAGGUUUUUAUUAUUUAUGUUUUUUUUUUAUUUUGUUUAAUUAUUAUAGAGGAAACAAAAUGAUUAAAAUAAUUGUGAUCCUUUCAGUCCGUACUGUAUUGAAACUGACAACUAUUUAUCUUAGUAAAGGUAACUUUGUAUUUAAUAAGAAUGUCCUUAAUUCCUUUAUAUCUGCUCAAGCUCCCUCUAUGUAGGCCUUCGGUGUGCAUAUCAUUUUGUAUAUUUACUAUACACUUAGCCGACUCCUCGGCUGUGCGGGAAUAUGGAGACGGAUAAAAAAAAACCUAACCAUUCCCCCUCAACCCUCACCCCUGCGCGGGGAAUGGCGACUGGGGGGGGGGGGGGGCAACACGCGCCUGUCAAUUAAAGGCCUCAAUAGCUGGACUAAAAAAAAUUAUGAUGGCAAAUAUUAAAAAAAAAAUGAUGUGCUUCCCGCCCUCUGUCGUGCGCAGAGGAGGACUCAGCGCUGUGUGUGCGUAUGACAUAUCGUUUACAUAUGAAAUUGCAUUUUUUCUAUUGUAUCAUUCCUUUUUAGAUGUCUUUUAUGAUGAUGAUGAUUAGUGAUUACCAUUGUUGUUGUGUACCAAACCUUGGCAGCCAGUUUCGUGUAUUUUUUUUCGAAAUGUAAUUUUAAGCGUCUGUAUUAUAUUUUUAAUGUUUAGGUAUUUAACACAUUUGAUUUAUUGAUUUAUCAGCAUUACAUCGAGGUGACUGGAUUUCAUUUUGUAUUAACGAACAAAAAUGCGUAUAAAGAAAAUUAAGAAAUUGAAUUUUUUUCGUUAAUUUGAAAUGAAAAGUCUUUUAGCAAAGUUACUUCGGUGUAAUGUCAUUGGUCUAGUUUGUAAUGUACCUAUUUAUUUUAUCUGUAAUUGUAAGAUCCUUUUUUAAUGAACAACGGCUCCGGCAUCCGGCCUUUGUGAGCACUUUUCUACCAAAUCAGUGUGACCAGUUUAUUAAAUAGAAUUUGUCGAUUUUUAAAGCCAAAAUGUUUUGUUUGUGUAAAAUAUUAUUUUAGAUGCACUUUUGAAAUGAUGAAAAAAAGUUAUGUAUAGUAUUUCCGAAGUGCAUCUUUAUUAUUAUUUAGUUUUUUUUUAUAAAUUAUUUGUUUAUACGGUCCACGGUGUAUAGUGUUGUCAUCUAGUCGUUAAUUUAUUUUUUUUAAUUAUAAAGCCUUGAUUUGAAUACGAAGUUGGAAUUUAGAUAAGUUUUGAAUUAAAAUGGUUAUUAACGAA